AUGAGAUGGAUAAAUUCAUUGAUAAUGUACCUUUACAUGAAAUAGUCAUCAAAAGUCUAGAAACUUAUUCUACAAAAAACUGAAAGUAAUAUGAAGAAAGUAUUAUUUCUUAUUUACUAACAAGAUUGAACUUGUGAAUGGAGAAGUAAAGGCACUUACUGGUUAUGGAAAAUCUUACAUAGGCAAUAAAGUCUAAUCAUUUACUUUUAAAUAACAUAUUAUAGAAGUCUUAUCCUUUCUAUGGAGAUUUGAAAUACUAAUGAUAAUUGUCUAUAUCAUUAUUAGUUGGGCUCUUUAAGAUGACGAAGCUAGGUAUUUAGAAAUUGAAUAUUCAAAAGCAAUUUAGUUAUUUUGUUUCAAAGUAUAGUAUUACUUUUAGAUUAUUGUCUCUAUGUAAUAAAGUGCAUUCUUAAAUUUCGUAAUUUUAGAAUUGUCGAAUCACAAUUGAAUGAAUAAAAGUAUAUUAUUUUGGAGAACUUUAUUCACUCUAAAGAACCUGUGGCAUCAGACUCAUCUGAAGAUAUAAAUACCUAUUUCCAUCCAUAAAAACAAGUAUUAAGAGAAUAGAUUAAAGUUGGAGAUAUUGUUAUUUUAUAAAAAACAUAUGAAUGCCCUGCAGAUGUAUUGCUAUUAGAAUCAAGUCAUCAGGUUGUAUAAAUUGAUUAAAAUGAAUUUGGUAUUUAAACACCUAAAAUUACAAUUCCUUGCUAAUCUACAUUUAGUAUUUGAUAAUUUAAAUCUUUAUUAUAGUAUAACCAAAAUCAGAUACUAAAGGAUUGUUGAUUGAAUUUAAGUUAACAUUAAAUGGACAGAUUUAGUAUUCCUAUCAAUUAGGUAAAAAAUCAAGUUUAAUGGGUAUGAUCAAAUUAAAGAAUGAUCCAAAAGUUUUUAAAUUCAAUUAAGACAAUGUUAUUUUCAGUGGUGAAAAGCUUUUGAAUACAGAUUGGGCAUUAGGAAUAGUUUUAGUAGCUGGAAAUAACUGUUUACGUAUUUACAAGCCUAGAAAACAUAAACGUUAAAAGUCAUUGUUUUUUAUUGGUUUAAUUAUUCUUGGAUAUUUUAUAAGUUUAGUAAGUGAUUUAAUUUAAUUUUAAAUAGCUUGCCAAUCUGAUAUAUAAAUCAAAUUAUGGAAUUCAUUUAUGUUUUAAUUCUAUGUUAAUUCCAUUAUAUGCUAUAUUUUAUAAAGAAUUUGUUUAGAUUUUUCAUUACAUUAAAUAACCAAGUAUUUAAAAGAAAGUUAAACCUAUGAAUGCAAUCGAAUAAGGAAAUAAUUAAGGAAAAGAUAGUAAAUAUUAGUUUUAAAUUUUAAGAUGAUAAACAUAUAUGGAUUGAAUUCAACAAAGUAAAGAAUAUGACUGAAAUAUAUUCUUAAAAUAAAUUAUUAAAAUAUGAUGAGAUUUAAGAUUUUUCAAUUAUGAUGUAAUAAACAAAUGUAUAAUAAUUUAUUUAAUAUUUUAAAGUAUUGGAAAUGUUCAAAAGUGAAUUUAGUAUGUUUAGAAUUGAAUUAAUAAUAUUUUUUAAAAAAAAGAAAGAUUAAAUCAAUUUAUAUUGAUGAUAAACAAUACACAUUUAAAUAUAAAUAAUUAGUAACAAUAAUGAAUAGCAAUUAAGUAUAAUUGGGGGAUAAUUAUUAUAAAACAUUAUUAGAUACUGGCAGAGAAAAUGAUAUAUUUGAUGAGGAUAAAAAAGAUUACAGUGAAUUAAUAAAUUCCAAUCCUUAUUCUCCUCAUAAUUAAGAAGAACGUUAAAAUUAUGGGAUUAGUACAAAUUUAUAGUUUUCACUUUCUAAGAAAACGAUAGAGGCUUCUUAAUAGAGAAAACUUAAGAAUUCUUUAGGGAAAACUAUAUCAUUUAGAACAAGAAUCGUAAAGAGUGGAAGUGAUUAAAGUUCUUCAAUCAAUUAAUUGUAAAAGCAAUAAUUGAAUGAAUAAUAGUUUAUUACAUAAUUGUUUGAUGAUUUUGAUAAUUAAUAUCAUGAGAGAAUUGUUGCAUUAUUGCUUUUAUGUGAGAUAGAAAAUAAAUAUAAUGAAUAAAAAAAAACAAUUGAAACUUAUUGUAAAAAUCCAUAAGAUUAUAUAUUGAUUGAGUUCUGUAAUCUUUUAGAAUAUAAACUUAAAUGUAAUAUUGAAACUGAACGUUAGAUUUACGAUUUAUUCUUAAAAAGUUAAUUAAAAAUAAUAGAAAUCUAAGGAAAAUUGAAAUAAUAUAAAAUUUUGAGUGAAAACAAAGAAACAAAAAAUAGAUUAGGUGUUUAUUCGGUUCUUUUAAAAGAUCCUGAGGAAUUCAAUGAAGAUGAAGGAGCACUCCUUUAUAUAAAAAUUGAAACAUCUUAAAUGUAUGAAAAUACAAAUAUGAAUAUAAAUGUUUUAGAAACUAAUUCAACAUUAUAUUAUAUGUUAAAACAUGGAGAAUAACCUACUCUUUAUUUUAAAAAGCAAUUAAAAAAGAGUGAGGCUAAAUAAUUCUUAUAAAACAAAAUGAAUAUUAUGAAUUCCUAUACAACAGAUGAAGAUUAAUUAGAACUAUUAUAUUUAAAAUUGGAAUCUUAGGCUGAAUUGUUAAUGAUCAUAGGAUCUCAUGCAAAAAUAGAUUAGAGUGCUCUUUUAACAAUAGAUGCAUUUUCUUAAGCAAAUGUAUUAAUAUAAUUAUGAUUGUAGUUAAAUACAUGGUUAGUUUCUGCUGAGAGUCAAUUUGUAGUUUUAAGGUUUUUGUUUGAUGCUAAAUUUAUUGAAAAUGAAAAUGAUUUAAAUUAAUUUAAUUCAGGAGAUGAGAGGACAUUGAAGUUUGCAAUAUAAAGUGCAUGCUCAAAUCUAAUAAAAUAAUAGAGGUAAAAUUAAAAUUAAGUUUAAGAAUAUUUGAAGCUUAAGACAUAGAAAAGAAAUAUAUUUUACUUAGUUGUGAGGCUUUAUUAACAAUAAUAAAAGAUGAGUAUCUUUUAAAUCAUUUUGCAAUUAUUGUUUGGUUUAGUAGAGGAUUAGCAUUAUAUGAUAGUUAGGAGAUAUCUAAGGUAAAAUUAUUUAAAAUUGCUAAAAAACUAAAUAUGCAAAUAGGGUACAUAGGAAGCUGUGUAAAUAAUCAAAGAGUUUAUAGUAUGAGUUAAAUAUCUAUUGAUAUUAAUCCAAAAUGUUAUAGUUAAUCUAAACCUUGCUAUUUAGUAAAUUCAUUAAGAUGUGCAGAGUCUAUUUUAAUCACUCAUUGCAUAAGUUCCUCUUUGCUAGCUUAACAAGUUCUAUACUUUUGGCUUUAUGAAAUGAUUCUAUUUGUCUUAAUAAACCUAAUAAAUUAAGGGAAAUUCUUAACUUAGAGUUGCAACAUUCUCCUUUUGUUAAGUCAGACUUUCACAGUAAUUAUUUAAUUGAUAUCUCAUAAUAACAGAUUCAAACCCACAGAAGUCUAUUAUAAAGGAUUAAUACCUUAAAGAUGUCUAGUUAAAUCUCUGUUUAAUAAAGAAUCAUUAAUUAAAAUAUUUCUGGUUGGAGUUAUUGAUGCAGCUAUUGUGAGUAUUCCACUUUAUGCUACUAAAUAUUUAUAUGGAGAUUCCAAUUAUUUACCAAUAACACAAUUUGCAUUUGUUAUUACUUUAGAAUUAAUAGUUAAAAUAUAGUUAUAUUUCUAAAUAUUUGAAAAUUAAUAUAAACAGCUUUUAGGGUUAUUAUUGUUAAGCAUAUUCAUAACUGGAUUAGUAACUUUUCUUACUAUUCCAGAUUAUAAUGAUUUUAAAGUAUCAUACUCCGAUUUGUUUUAUAGUCCUGGAUUUAUAAUAAGAAGUUUAAUAUUUGUCUACAUAUUUGCAAUUGUAUUUAAAUUUGCUUCCACAUCUAUAUUAUAAUUGUACAAUUUGGAGAUGUUCCAAGAUACUGUGAUUACAGAUGAAUUAAAUUUCAAAUGCAUUGAAUAGUCAAAGAAAUAAAGAUCUACCAAACAAAGUUUACAGUUAUCUAUCCAAUAAAGAAAAAAAUUUAUCAAAUCUAUUUUAGAGGAUAAUAAUUAAAUGGAUGACUCAAUUUAUAAGGCAUUAAACAAUAAUAUUAAUAAUGAUGAAUAAAUUGAAUUAAAGAAAAAUCUAACUUUCAAUCAAAAAGAAUUUGAGAUCAGAUAUUAGGAAUCCAUGAAUUAAAGUUCAAUUUUAUAUUUAAUCUUUGAAGCCACAAUCUUCGUAAAUCUAUUAAUUUAAGUAAAUUAAAUAGAGAACAAUAUAGCAAUAUACAUUAUUUGGGGAGUCUAAUUAUUUUAUAGCAUAACAAUAUAUAUACUUUAAUAUUUGGAAAUUAUACAACGUAAAAUCUAAUAGAAUUUACAAUUAAUAAGUAUUUUAAGCAGAUUUUUAUUCUAAUUUAUAACAAUAUUCUUAUUAGAUUAGGAUUACAUUUUGAAUUAAAUAAUAUUUACAUCAAUAUUCUUGAUUAUACUAUUAAAUUAUUCAAUACAACAAAGUCUAAAAUUUAAAGGUACAAUAAUCUUGAUGAGUUUAAUAAGUUUAGGAGUAAUAUUGAAAUUUAUAACACCUGAAUAUUAAUAUUUUCCAUAGAAGUAAAUAAUGUUUAUAUUGGCUUUGAUAAUAAUAUGUAGUUUAUCGACGGUAAGUGGAUAUUAUUUGUGUUAUGUAAAUGAGUAUUUAAGAAGACAAAACUUUCUAUUGUAGGAAUAAUUGGAGAAGGAAUAGAAGAAGUUGAAUGAUGCCUUAGGUAUAUUGAUGCCAAGAUUUAUAAAAGAGAGAAUGGCUCGAGGAUAUAUAUAAAUAUAGGAAGACUAAGGACCAGUUACAAUUUUAUUUUGUGAGAUUUGUGAUUUUGAUGAUAUUAUAGAAUCUGAGAAGGUGUCUAUUAUAAGUUUUCUAGAUUCUAUUUAUAGAACAUUUGAUACAAUAUGCAACUAGUAUAAUAUAUAAAAGAUUGAGACGGUUGGUUAGAUAUAUGUUUGUGCAUCUGGAUUAAAAGAUUAUGAUAUAAUAGAUAAAUAAUAAAAGAAUUCAACUUAGAAAAUGAUUGAAUGUGCUAUAGCGAUGAUGGAAUCAACAAAUAAUUUGAAAUAUUAAGAUAAAUAGAUAAUAAUAAAGAUUGGAAUUAAUUAUGGUAAUGUUAUGGCAGGUGUGAUUGGUUAACAUAAACCAUAAUUUUCAUUGAUUGGAGAUACAGUUAAUACAACUAGUAGAGCAUGUACAGUUUGUGAACCAGGAAGAAUAUCAUUGACUGAAAGUGCUUUUAUAAGAGAAAGAUAAAUGAAGUAUUAAUUUUAAGUUAAAGAAAUUAAUAUAAAGAAUAUUAAUGUUCUUUAUUAAUUAGUUAUUCAUAAGAAAAACACAUUUGCAGCUAAAGUUGAUAAAUCUCCUAUUAUUAAAUUAGUUAGUUCAAUUUAAUUUAAAAAAUUAGAUUCUUUUGAUAAACCUAUAAUUAAUGAUCUUAUGACUAAUGCAGUUAAUCCUGCAGGUUUUUAAUUUGAUAUGGCAAGGAAAUCAUCGAUGUCGAGAAAUAAAUCUGUUUAUUAGUUACCUGUUGAAUAAUUUGGAAAGGUUAUAUAAGAUGUAAUAACUGCCAAUAAAUUACUAUGUAAUUAUUUCAUACCAUAAUAGAGGAUAUAUCAAAUAGACGUAUUACUAUGCAUAGAAAAAGUAGAGUUACAAGAUUCAAAGAAGUUAAUCCAUAGAUGAUGUCAUCUCAUGAUUAAGUCUAAUAAUAAUAAUAAUAAUAAUAAUAACAGUAAUAAUAAUAAUAACAGUAAUAAAAAAAAGAUGAUCCCUUAGGAGAUUAAUUUGGAGAUCUCUUUGAUAAUUUAAAAGUUGCAGAUUCUUAAAAAAAUAUUGAUGAUGUAAUGCCAAAGAGUCCAUUGAUUAAUCUUAAAAGCUAGAAAUCUUUAUAAAAUAAUAACAAUAAUCAUCUAUUUGAUUCAACUCUUUAAUAGGAAGAAAAGAUAGAAAUUCCUAAAUUAUAAUAAUUGAUUGGUAAUCAAGAGAAGAUCGAGACUGAUAUUAUGUAAGAACUUAUUAGAGUUAAAUGUGAUUUUGGUACAAGCUAAGCUAGAAGGGGUAUGUAUUUAUGAAUUAAGAUUAGUUUAUUUCCGAUAAUUUAAAUAUAAAGAGAUGAUAAGAAUUUACAAUCAUAAACUUUUUAAAGAUAUGGUUUAAUAUUGUUUAAUUCUAUUUAUUUAUUUGAUGAUAUUUUAAUUACCUAUAUUAUUUGCAUUAAUGGAAUAUAGAGAGUUUUUAGGAGUGAAUCUCACAAUAGAAGGAUUAAAAAUUGCAUUUUAUUUAAUGAGUUGUAUAGUAGUUCCUUUUUGUUUAAGAGAUGCUUAUAAAUAUAUAUUUCAAAUAGGGAUGAUUAUAGGAUAUUUUAUUAGUAUUCUAUUCAGCAUAAUAACCAUCAUAAUUAAUGAUCCAAUUGAAAGAACUUAUAUUACUCUUAUUCUAGCUUAUACUUUAUGUUUAGGAUAUUUCUUAAGAGCUCUUCCAUAUUUUACAUCUCGUCAUAGAAAAUUAUUAUUCAUUUUGAAAUAUAUCAAUAUCAUAUUUAUCUUAUCGUUCUCUAAUGAAUGGAAUGAAACUAUUAUAUUUAUUAUCACCAUAGAAAUCUUUAUUCUAGUUUAAAGAAAUCAAAAUGAAGAUUUACUUUAUUAGAAUUAUAACAUUCAUGAUUAAUUAUUGUAACAAUAAUAAGAAUAAAAUAAGAUUAUUAGUCAUCUAUUACCUUCUCAUAUUUUAUAAUAAUAUUUUAAAGAAUAAGAUACUAUCCCUGAUGUUUUUGAAAAUGCAACAAUCUUAUAUGCAGAUAUAGCUGGUUUUACAAAAUAUUCAACUAGUGUUGAUGCUUAAUAAGUUUUAUAAAUGUUGAGUUCUCUUUUUAAUAAAUUUGAUGUAGCUUGCACAGAAAACAACGUUUAUAAAUUAUACUCAAUAGGUGAUAGUUAUGUAGUUAUGGGAGUGUUAGAUGCUAACAAUGGAAUAAGAGAAGAAGAAGCCUAUAAUGUAGUGAAUCUUGGUUUUUAAUUAUUAGAUAUAGUAAAUCUUCUUAAAAAAAAUAUUUAAUAUCCUGACAUUAAUUUGAGAAUUGCAAUUCAUACUGGAAAUAUUAUAGGAGGAAUAGUAGGAACAGAUAUAGUCAGAUAUGAUAUUUAUGGAUCAGAUGUUGCAAUAGCAAAAAAAUUAGAAUAGAAUUCUUAAAUUGAUAGAAUCAUGGUUUCAGAAGAUACUAUGAAAUUUCUUGAUGCUACUUACACUGGUGAAUUUAGUUAUGUUUUUGCUAAUUAGAUUGAACAUCGAAAUAGAAUCAUUUAAGGUUAUUAUAUAGACAGAGUGUAAUCUGAAGAAUGA